UUGAAGAGAACAUGUCCGACCAACCGGCCCCACUCUCAGCGACUCCCUCCGCCGCCGGCCUCACUCACUCACCCACCCAUGGCCUCGCCGCUCGCCGGCGUCGCCGGGCUCGGGCCCGCCGCCGCCUCCCUCUCGCUGGCCCCUGGCCCUCUCCCCCCUCCUCCGACACCUCCGCCUCGCUCCUCCCCCCCUCCUCUGCCUCCUCCUCUCCAGCCCCACCGCCGCCGCCGCCGCCGCCGCCGACCCAUGCCGUAACUCCGCCGCGUCCCCGCGCCUCGCAUCGUUUUAGCGGCUGCUUGGGGGCGCUUGGGCUUGACCCGAUCUGGUGCUCGUCAGUGCUCGCGCCGCGGGUGCCGUGCCGGUGCUCGGGUUACAGGGAUUACAGCCGGCCGUGCUCCUGAUCUCCGGCUGCGACCUCAGCAACGUCGCAUGCUUCGACAGGUGAUCUCAUAUAUCGAAAGUUCAAUUGCCUGGUCGUGCACACUUACUAGGGAAAUUUUGGGGGAAUUUCUUGUGAUGCAUUUGCUGAGUUGUAGUAGUAGACUUAUAGUGAAGCUAGACGGUUCAAAUAUAUGGGUUUGUUAGGGAUUUAGUGGGGAUAAAUUGGUGCUGUUGGAGAUUUUGGACUAUAUUCAUGAGAAUUUUAGUGCAUUUGGUUUGCUAAAGAAUCAUUGCUUCUUUUUUCUUUGUUGCAUACCAAUAAGAGUCAUGGGAUUGUGCUGUUCAAACUUGUCAUCAAACCAAACGCACCCAAGUCGUUUUGGAUAAAAGGCCUGAGAACGCACCCAAGUCGUCGAUAGUUGACCGUAUGAUUUUAGCCAAGAAAGGGCAAUGAGGAUGAAUACCUUCUUGACUUGGAAAGGUGACGCAUUCUAUUUGUAGUACCAGACAGUGAUUAUUGCACACCUUUGAUGUGUGCAAUAAUCUCGUUGAUUUGCUGCAAGUUAAAGCAGCUGAGCUACGUAGCUAAGCAGGUAGCCAUGGAGCGGCACGGCUGUAGUCGCCACCGCCAUUGCUCCUUCGUCCUGCUCAUCGUCGUGGUGGUGGUGGCCUACCUCCUCGUCGGUGUCGUCCCUGCAUUGCAGGCUUCAGUAAUCGCCGAGGAUGAUGGCCGUGCUCUCAUGCAGUUCCAGUCCCUCAUCACGGAGGACCCGUAUGGGGCCUUGGCGACAUGGGGUGGCAGCAGCGGCAGCAACCACUCUGCCUCACCGGCGACGCCAUGCGGGUGGUGUGGUGUGACGUGUGGGGUGCGCGGGCGUAGCCGUGGGCGUGUCACGGCGCUAGACCUCCGCGGGCUCGGCCUAGGAGGCGCCAUCGUCGCCCAAUCGUCCCUGUCCAGCCUCACCUACCUCCGGUGGCUUGACCUCUCCCAGAACCGCCUGUGUGGUGGCGUCCCCACACCGCUGCCACUCUCCCUCGAGUACCUCAACCUCAGUUGUAACGCGCUGCAGGGGACGGUGUCCUCAGAGCUUGGGUCGCUUCGCCGCCUCCGGGUGCUCGUCCUCGACACCAACAACCUCACCGGCGGCAUCCCUGCCUCCCUCGGAAACCUCACCUCCCUCACCGAUCUCGCCCUCACCGGCAAUCACCUCAGCAGCCACAUCCCCAGUGCCCUCGGCAACCUCCGUGCCCUCACCAGCCUCUACUUGAACGACAACAUGCUCGAGGGAUCCAUACCCCUCUCGGUGUUCAACCUCCUCUCUGUAGCAUUGUCACGCCAGAGCAUUCAUCAUCAGACUCGGGCGCGGAAGGAAGGAUCAAAUCAAGUGGGCCGUCGACUACCGCUCGGCCCAGACGGGAGAGGCGCGACAACCUGCGCGCUUCAAGUCGAUGCCAUGGAGAAACAAGCGGGAGGAUUCGAGAAGAUGCUCGAGGGAAUCCAGAACGCCAUCGGCGCUGUUGCGGUGAAGCAGGAUGAAACACAAGCGGUGGUGCUCCAGAUGGAUAAAGCGAUGGCUAGCUGGCGACCUCAAGUGGAUGCAGCAGUCAAGGGACUUCAAUCUGAGAUGGGUGAGCUGAAGAAACAAGUGGAGAUUCUGGAGAAGCUUCGUGGCGAGUUGGGCAAUUCGUCGAACAUGUUGCAGGCAGGCGCCAUCUCCACGCGGAAGCAAGGCGACGACAACGAUCAACGUCCACCGCUACUUCCCACGCCGGAGUCGUUCGUUGCUUCGACGUUGGCGGGAGAUUCUGGCUCAAAUGGCCACCGCGUUGCAAUCAACAACCGGGGGAAGGCAACAGGAGUGAUUAUUCCUCCUGUGCCACCUCAGGUCACGGGUACGACUAAUUCUCCAUUUUCCCAUCGCUUUGCUUGUGAUUCAUUGCAUCGGGAUGAAGUUGGGGGUUCUGAGGAUCGAGGCUAUAAUCAUCGGGUUCCGAAAUUGGAUUUUCCACAGUUUGAUGGGGUAGAUCCACAAAAUUGGCGCAUGAGAUGUGAGCAUUACUUUGGGGUUUAUGGUACUCAUCCAAUACUUUGGGUCAGGGUGGCUACCAUUUACUUUACUGGAAGAGCAGCCUCAUGGUUACGCUCGUCGAAGGCUCAUUUGCGGUUUUCUGAGUGGUCGAAUUUUUGCUUAGCAGUGGAUAGGAAAUUUGAUCGAGAUAGGCAUCAGAUGUUGAUUCGUCAGAUAGAGCAGAUUAAGCAAACCGGGACGGUGGAGGAGUUUUAUGAGCGCUUUGAUGAUGUUACGAAUCAAUUGCUUGCUUUUGAUCCUAUGUACAAUCAGCUCACGAUUGUGCAUAGGUUCACUGAAGGGUUGCGUUUUGACAUUCGUCAUGCUGUUAUGAUGCAACGUCCUCGCGACCUAGAGACUGCUCUGGCUAUUGCUUGUUUACAGGAGGAAUGGACGGAGACUCAGAAGCCCAAGGAAUUUCGUAAAUUGGGUGAUCAUGUUCUGCGGAUUAAAGGAGCUUAUCCUCUUCCACUUCCUCCUAGCAAGGUGUCGGAAUCUAGUGCAGGGGCUGGCAAGUCUUCAUCUGAACCUGUCAAGACUACUGCUAUUGCUGACAGAAUGCGAGCUCUCAAGGCUCAUCGGCGAGCCCAAGGUCUCUGUUAUCUUUGUGCAGAGAAAUGGUCACUAUCUCACAAGUGUUCAAGUUCUGUGCAGUUGAAUGCUGUGCAGGAGGUGUUUGCUCUACUGCAACAAAAUGACAGUGAUUCUGGUGAUUCUUCUGGAGAGGAUACUGAGCCUCAUUCUCUGUUCUCCUUGUCAGUCCAUGCUAUUCAGGGUACAACUACUGCUCAAACUAUGCGUCAAACUAUGCGUUUGCAAGGGAUUAUUCAGGGCUAUGAUAUUCUAAUUCUAGUAGACUCUGGCAGUUCCUGCAGUUUCAUCAGUUUGUCAGUGAUGCCUCAGUUGUCGAACUUGAUACAGUUGCCUGUUUCUUUUCAAGUUAAGGUGGCUAAUGGACAAAUGUUGUCUUGUGAAACUGAAUUGGCUAAUGUUUCUUGGUCAGUUCAGGGACAUCAUUUUUGUUCUGCCUUGAAGGUGUUACCACUUCAGAGUUAUGAUAUGAUUUUAGGAAUGGAUUGGUUGGAGCGAUACAGCCCUAUGGAUAUUGACUGGCAGCAGAAGACAAUUCGGUUUACAUUGGAUGGCCAGUUGAUUACUUUAUGUGGGGUGGUUCCAUCAGUAUCUGCUAAUCCUGUCUUAUCGGUACUGGAGUUACAUCAAUUGUAUCAGUCCGGUUCUAUUGAAGGUCUAGUUCAGUUAUACACCCUUGAUUCUGAGUCUAGUUCUGAUUUGCCAAUUCCGGACAAUAUUCAGCAAUUGUUACAGAGCUUUGCGGAUGUGUUUCAAGAACCACAAGGACUUCCUCCUGUUCGGGAAUAUGAUCACACUAUUCCGUUAAUUCCUGGUGCGCAACCAGUUAAUGUUCGCCCUUAUCGUUAUACACCGUUGCAGAAGGAUGAAAUUGAACGCCAAGUUGCUGAUAUAUUGGACAGAGUGCCGGUAGCUACUGAUGAGGACAAAAUUGUGGCUGUUCGGAAUUGGAUUACUCCUACAUCAGUCAAAGAAUUGCGCAGUUUUCUCGGGAAGGGACAGUUGUUUGUCUGGACAUCUGUUCAUGAGGCUUUUGUUACUCUGAAAUAUGCCUUGAUCUCAGCUCCUGCUUUGGCCAUGCCAGACUUUCAGAAACAAUUUGUUGUCGAAACAGAUGCAUCUGACAAAGGAAUUGGUGCUGGUUUGGAAAAUGGAGCUGCUGAUGCGUUAUCUCGACAAUCUCCUGUUGAUAUGGUGGAGAUUUUGGCGCUAUCUGUCAGUAUUCCUGCUUGGCUGCAGGAGCUGUGGGUGGACACUCUGGCUUGUGAUGUUUGUCAACGAGCUAAGUCUGAGCAUAUCAAGUUACCUGGGCUAUUACAACCUUUGGAAGUACCUGAUCAUGCUUGGCAAUGGAAGCAUUGGUUAGGAAUGGCUCAGUUUUGGUACAACUCUUCUUACCAUUCAGCCAUUGCUAUGACUCCUUUUGAAGCAUUGUUUGGUCAUAAACCAUCCUAUUUCGGAUUAACUAUUACUGCCAUUGAUGCUCCUAUGAGUUUGGCUUCCUGGUUGACUGAUCGCAAUAACAUGAGUGCUUUGAUUCAUCAUCAUUUGCUGCGGGCUCAGCAACGCAUGAAACAUCAAGCAGAUUUACAUCGGUCUGAGCGUAUCUUCACCGUGGGUGAUUGGGUGUUCCUUAAGCUCCAACCAUAUGUGCAGCAAUCUGUCAUGACCAGAGCCAACAGGAAAUUAUCCUUCAAAUUUUAUGGACCUUUUCAAGUCUUGCAACGAGUGGGCAGUGUGGCUUACAAGUUGGAUUUGCCGUCUACAAGUAUGAUCCAUCCUGUGGUGCAUGUCUCUCAACUGAAGAAGGCAUUGGCACCAGCUGAAAAAGUUCAGGCUUCUCUUCCCACGCUGGAUUCUGAAUUUGGUCCAUUAGCUGUUCCUCAUCGUAUUUUGGAACGCCGCCUUCGUCAACGGGGUGCCAAACUAAUUGAACAAGUUCAGGUUGAAUGGAAGGGUACUUCUUCUCCAGCUAUUACAUGGGAGAAUCUUGAGGAACUUCGUCACAAGUUUCCAGCUGCACCAGCUUGGGGUCAAGCUGGUUCUCAAGGAGGGAGGAAUGUCACGCCAGAGCAUUCGUCAUCAGACUCGGGCGCGGAAGGAAGGAUCAAAUCAAGUGGGCCGUCGACUACCGCUCGGCCCAGACGGGAGAGGCGCGACAACCCGCGCGUGAAGGGGAAGGAUUGGAUACCAAUCCCUUCCCCUUCUCCAAGUCUGUAUCUGCUCUGUUCUUCUCUGUUCUUCUCUAUUCCUUCCAAAUUCCAGAUUCUAUCUCUAAUUCUUCUUGCUGAGAUCUCGGUUCGUAACAAGCAUCUCGUCAUGCAGUUCAACAAUCUCACUGGGACACUUCCUCCCUGCGCCGGCAACAGGCUGCCCCGCCUCAAGGUGCUCAGUGUCGACAGAAACCAGCUCCAUGGUGCCAUUCCGGUCUCUCUCUGCAAUUCCUCCAAGCUCGAAGUGAUCCAGAUGAUGAAGAAUUCCUUCUCAGGAGUCAUCCCGGAUUGCCUUGGAGCUCACCUCCAGAACCUGUGGGAACUGACCCUGGAUGAUAACCAGCUAGAAGCAAAUUCUGAUUCCGAUUGGAGAUUUCUGGACAGUCUGACAAAUUGCAGCAAUCUGAAGGUAAUUGGUCUGGCUGGAAACAAGCUGCGAGGACUUCUUCCGGGCUCGAUUGCGAACCUUUCGACGAGCAUGGAGUUCUUGAGCAUAUACAACAACAUGAUACAUGGGCAAAUACCUCAGGGAAUUGGCAACCUUGUCAACCUGGACUCGAUUUACAUGCAUCUGAAUAACCUUGCUGGCACCAUUCCUGACUCAAUUGGCAAGCUUAAGAAGCUGAGUAACCUGUACUUGUAUGACAACAACUUGUCAGGGCAAAUUCCAGCAACAAUUGGCAAUCUUACCAUGCUGAGCAGACUAUCCCUCAACGAGAACAUGCUAACUGGCUCCAUACCAUCCAGUCUUGGCAACUGCCCUUUGGAGACACUGGAACUGCAAAACAAUCGCCUCACUGGUCCAAUACCCAAAGAAGUUCUCCAGAUAUCUACUCUCUCCACCUCUGCCAAUUUCCAAAGGAACAUGCUAACAGGAUCAUUGCCAUCAGAAGUUGGUGACCUGAAAAACCUCCAAACUUUGGAUGUAUCUGGAAAUAGGUUAACUGGGGAAAUUCCUGCCUCUCUCGGCAAUUGUCAAAUCUUACAAUAUUGCAUCAUGAAAGGAAAUUUUCUUCAAGGAGAAAUUCCAUCCUCAAUCGGACAAUUGAGGGGUCUCUUGGUUCUUGAUCUAUCAGGAAACAACUUGUCUGGUUGCAUUCCGGACUUACUCAGUAACAUGAAAGGUAUUGAACGCCUGGAUAUCUCCUUCAAUAACUUUGAGGGUGAAGUUCCAAAACGUGGAAUAUUUCUUAAUGCCAGUGCCUUUUCGGUCGAGGGGAUCACUGGCUUGUGUGGGGGUAUCCCUGAGCUGAAAUUGCCACCUUGCUCAAACUACAUCAGUACUACCAACAAGCGAUUGCACAAGCUUGUCAUGGCCAUCUCCACAGCCUUUGCCAUUCUGGGUAUUGCUUUACUGCUUGCACUAUUUGUAUUCUUUCGUCAAACAAGGAAUUCAAGAAAGGGAGAGCAUGCCUUACUGCUCAUCAGUGAUCAGCAUGUCAGGGUUUCAUAUACUGAGUUGGUGACUUCAACAAAUGGUUUUGCUUCUGAGAACCUCGUAGGUGUUGGAAGCUUCGGCUCUGUCUACAAGGGAACAAUGAUGAGCAAUGAAGAAGAGGUGGUUGUCGCUGUGAAGGUGCUCAACCUCCAGCAGCGAGGAGCAUCCCAAAGUUUUGUUGCGGAAUGUGAGACUUUGAGAUGUGCUAGACACAGGAACCUUGUGAAAAUUUUGACGGUGUGCUCGAGCAUUGAUUCGAGAGGUCUUGAUUUCAAAGCCAUUGUAUUUGAUUUUCUACCAAAUGGAAACCUACACCAGUGGCUGCACCCCAGGGAACAUGGCAACCAAACUGGACUUAGUCUUAUCCAGCGGAUCAACAUUGCCAUUGAUGUAGCUUCAGCACUUGAAUAUCUUCACCAAUAUAGACCAGCCCCAAUAGUUCAUUGCGAUUUUAAGCCAAGCAAUAUUCUCCUUGAUAAUGACAUGGUUGCCCAUGUUGGUGAUUUUGGGCUUGCGAGAUUUGUUGAUCAUGGUCAACAUAGCCUCCCAGAUAUAUCAAGUGGUUGGGCUACAAUAAGGGGAACCAUUGGAUAUGCUGCUCCAGAGUAUGGACUCGGCAACAAAGUCUCGAUCUACGGCGACACAUACAGCUUCGGAGUACUACUGCUGGAAAUCUUCACAGGAAAAAGGCCAACGGAUGCUGAUUUCGCGCAAGAUCUCAGCCUUCACAGGUAUGUGCAGAUCGCGCUGAGAGAUCACCAAGUCGCCAGCGUGAUAGACGAACAGCUACUACUGUCAGUACAAGACGGCGAAAAUGAAGGAAGAGCAUCCAACAGCUCCAGUAGUAGUAGCAGCACCAGAGAAGUGAUUAUUGCGUACAUCGCUUCGAUUCUGCAGAUUGGAAUUCGGUGUUCGGAGGAUGUUCCAACAGAUCGCCUGCUGAUCUGUGAUGCCCUGAGAGAGCUUCAGGGGUUAGACGACAAGUAUCGCGUGCACCUACGAAUUGGGGGAAGAUGAUAAAGACCUGUUUGGCAUAAAGGAUUUCCAACCACCCCCAAUAUAUAUUUGAGAAUUCUGUGUUCAGAAUAGAUCCCAGAUGCUUUGACUGCAACUGUUAAAAGAAAUGCUAAUAUUUUGGAAUCGAGGGAAUUUGCAAGCAUUGAUUUUAGCAAACCGUUUUGUCAAUCGUUGUAAUUUCCAGUAUACAUAAUCCCGCUACUAGUAGUAAAAUGUUGUGAUGGUCUCUACACUUUUUUGCGGUUGUAAAUCCGAUCCUUCUUGUGUAUGCUGUACGUUUCUUGAUAAUAGAACCAAUUUUUCAAGCUAUAAAAUAGGGAUAGUUAGCUACUUGUCAUGGUAAAAGAUGUAACAUUAUCAUUUUGAGUAAAAUGGUGGCUUUUUUAUUA